AGCAAAGGUUGGGAUGACAGCAGUUCUGUGAGCAGUGGCCUCAGUGACACCUUGGAUAACAUCAGCACUGACGACCUGAACACCACGUCUUCAGUCAGCUCUUAUUCUAACAUCACCAUCCCUUCCAGGAAGAACACUCAGUUGAAGACAGAUUCAGAGAAACGUUCUACAACAGAUGAGACCUGGGAUAGUACUGAAGAGCUGAAAAAAUCAGAAGAGGACCUUGACAGCCAUGGAGAUGGUGGUGGCAAGUGGAAGAGUAUUUCCUCGGGGCUUCCAGAAGAGUCUGAGAAGGCAGGGCAGAAAGCCUCCCUGUCAGUAUCACAGACAGGUUCUUGGAGAAGGGGCAUGUCUGCCCAAGGAGGAACAACAUCCAGGCAGAAAACUGGAUCAAGUGCUCUCAAGACCCCUGGGAAAACUGAUGAUGCCAAAGCUUCUGAGAAAGGGAAAACUCCCUUGAAAGGAUCAUCUCUUCAAAGGUCUCCUUCAGAUGCAGGGAAGAGCAGUGGGGAUGAGGGGAAAAAGCCACCCUCAGGUAUUGGAAGAUCAACUGCUACUGGCUCUUUUGGAUUUAAGAAACCCAGUGGAGUAGGGUCAUCUACUAUGAUCACUGCCAGCGGAGCGACCAUCACAAGUGGCUCAGCAACACUGGGUAAAAUCCCCAAAUCUGCUGCCAUUGGUGGCAAGUCAAAUGCAGGGAGAAAAACCAGUUUAGAUGGUUCACAGAAUCAGGAUGACGUUGUGCUUCAUGUUAGCUCAAAAACCACGCUACAGUACCGCAGCUUGCCCCGCCCUUCCAAAUCCAGCACCAGUGGUAUUCCUGGUCGAGGUGGCCACAGAUCCAGCACCAGCAGCAUUGAUUCCAACGUCAGCAGCAAAUCCGCUGGGGCCACCACCUCGAAACUCAGAGAACCAACCAAGAUUGGAUCAGGACGUUCCAGUCCUGUCACCGUCAACCAAACAGACAAGGAAAAGGAAAAAGUAGCCAUUUCGGAUUCAGAAAGUGUUUCUUUGUCAGGUUCCCCCAAAUCCAGCCCAACUUCUGCCAGUGCCUGUGGGACACAAGGCCUUAGGCAGCCAGGAUCCAAGUAUCCUGACAUUGCCUCACCUACAUUUAGAAGGUUGUUUGGUGCCAAGGCAGGUGGCAAAUCUGCCUCUGCACCUAAUACUGAGGGUGUGAAAUCCUCCUCAGUAAUGCCCAGUCCUAGUACCACAUUAGCGCGGCAAGGCAGUCUGGAAUCACCGUCGUCUGGUACGGGCAGCAUGGGCAGUGCUGGUGGGCUAAGUGGCAGCAGCAGCCCUCUCUUCAAUAAACCCUCAGACUUAACUACAGAUGUUAUAAGCUUAAGUCACUCGUUGGCUUCCAGUCCAGCAUCGGUUCAUUCUUUCACAUCAGGUGGUCUCGUGUGGGCUGCCAAUUUGAGCAGUUCCUCUGCUGGCAGCAAGGACACUCCAAGUUACCAGUCCAUGACUAGCCUCCAUACGAGCUCUGAGUCCAUUGACCUCCCCCUCAGCCACCAUGGUUCCCUGUCUGGACUGACCACAGGCACUCACGAGGUUCAGAGCCUGCUCAUGAGAACGGGUAGUGUGAGAUCUACUCUCUCAGAAAGCAUGCAGCUUGACAGAAAUACACUACCCAAAAAGGGAUUAAGAUAUACCCCAUCCUCUCGGCAGGCCAACCAAGAAGAGGGCAAAGAAUGGUUGCGUUCCCAUUCCACUGGAGGGUUGCAGGACACUGGCAACCAGUCACCUCUGGUCUCCCCUUCUGCCAUGUCAUCUUCUGCAACAGGAAAAUACCACUUCUCCAACUUAGUGAGCCCAACCAAUCUGUCUCAAUUUAACCUGCCUGGACCCAGCAUGAUGCGCUCAAAUAGCAUCCCUGCUCAAGACUCUUCCUUCGACCUCUAUGAUGACUCCCAGCUUUGUGGGAGUGCCACGUCUUUAGAGGAAAGGCCUCGUGCCAUCAGUCAUUCAGGUUCAUUCAGAGACAGCAUGGAGGAAGUUCAUGGAUCUUCAUUAUCACUUGUCUCCAGUACUUCCUCUCUUUACUCUACAGCUGAAGAAAAGGCUCAUUCAGAGCAAAUCCAUAAACUGCGGAGAGAGCUAGUUGCAUCUCAAGAAAAAGUUGCUACUCUUACAUCUCAGCUUUCAGCGAACGCUCACCUUGUAGCAGCUUUUGAAAAGAGUUUAGGGAAUAUGACUGGACGUCUGCAAAGUCUGACUAUGACAGCAGAACAGAAGGAAUCUGAACUUAUAGAACUAAGAGAAACCAUUGAAAUGCUUAAGGCCCAGAACUCUGCUGCCCAGGCUGCUAUUCAGGGAGCACUCAAUGGUCCAGACCACCCUCCCAAAGAUCUCCGCAUCCGAAGACAGCAUUCCUCUGAAAGUGUUUCUAGUAUCAACAGUGCUACAAGUCAUUCCAGCAUUGGCAGUGGUAAUGAUGCUGACUCCAAGAAAAAGAAAAAGAAAAACUGGGUGAACUCUAGAGGAAGUGAGCUGAGAAGCUCAUUUAAACAAGCCUUUGGAAAGAAAAAGUCUACCAAGCCUCCUUCCUCACAUUCAGACAUUGAAGAGCUUACGGAUUCAUCCCUUCCAGCAUCCCCCAAGUUGCCCCAUAAUGUUGGUGACUGUGGGUCAACAUCGAUGAAGCCCUCACAGUCCGCCUCAGCGUCACUCCUUGUCUGGCCACCAAAGAAACGGCAAAAUGGCCCUGUGACUUACAAGCAUAGAUCUCGGAUCUGUGAAUGCACGGAAGCUGAGGCAGAGAUAAUUCUGCAGCUGAAGAGUGAGCUCAGAGAAAAGGAAUUAAAAUUAACAGAUAUUCGACUGGAGGCCCUUAGCUCUGCCCAUCACCUUGACCAGAUCCGGGAAGCCAUGAACCGCAUGCAGAAUGAAAUUGAAAUUCUGAAGGCCGAAAAUGACCGGUUGAAGGCAGAAACUGGUAACACAGCUAAGCCUGCUCGGCCACCGUCGGAAUCUUCAAGCAGUACCUCCUCUUCAUCUUCAAGGCAGUCACUAGGACUCUCGCUAAACAAUUUGAACAUCACGGAGUCUGUUACCUCAGAUAUUUUGCUGGAUGAUGCAGGUGAUGCAAGUGGACAUAAAGAUGGCCGAAGUGUGAAAAUUAUCGUCUCUGUAAGCAAGGGCUAUGGUCAAGCAAAGGAUCAGAAGUCUCAAGCAUAUUUAAUAGGAUCCAUUGGUGUUAGUGGAAAAACCAAGUGGGAUGUUUUAGAUGGAGUAAUUAGACGUCUCUUUAAGGAAUAUGUGUUCCGAAUUGAUACAUCCACCAGUCUUGGACUGAGCUCGGACUGCAUUGCUAGCUACUGUAUAGGAGAUCUAAUUAGAUCCCAUAGCCUAGAAGUGCCUGAACUGCUGCCUUGCGGAUAUCUUGUUGGAGAUAAUAAUAUCAUCACUGUGAACCUGAAAGGGGUAGAAGAAAACAGUUUGGACAGUUUUGUUUUCGAUACUCUAAUUCCUAAACCAAUUACCCAAAGGUACUUUAACUUGUUGAUGGAGCAUCAUAGAAUUAUACUCUCAGGACCAAGUGGAACUGGAAAAACUUAUUUAGCAAACAAACUGGCUGAAUAUGUAAUAACCAAAUCUGGUAGAAAAAAAACAGAUGAUGCAAUUGCCACUUUUAAUGUGGACCACAAUUCAAGUAAGGAAGUACAACAAUAUCUAGCUAAUCUGGCUGAACAGUGCAGUGCUGAUAAUAAUGGUGUGGAGCUUCCAGUUGUAAUAAUUCUUGAUAAUCUUCAUCACGUGGGUUCUUUAAGUGAUAUCUUCAAUGGUUUUCUCAACUGUAAAUAUAACAAAUGUCCUUAUAUUAUUGGGACAAUGAAUCAGGGAGUUUCUUUGUCGCCAAAUCUAGAGCUGCAUCACAAUUUCAGGUGGGUACUAUGUGCAAACCACACAGAACCAGUGAAAGGCUUUCUAGGCAGAUAUCUUCGAAGGAAAUUGAUAGAAAUAGAAAUUGAAAGAAACGUACGCAAUAAUGACCUAGUCAAAAUUAUAGACUGGAUUCCUAAGACGUGGCAUCAUCUCAACAGUUUUUUGGAAACACACAGUUCUUCUGAUGUUACCAUAGGUCCCCGCCUCUUCCUUCCUUGUCCCAUGGAUGUAGAAGGUUCUAGAGUGUGGUUCAUGGAUCUCUGGAACUAUUCUUUGGUACCUUAUAUUCUGGAGGCAGUGAGAGAAGGUCUUCAGAUGUACGGGAAACGUGCACCAUGGGAAGAUCCCUCAAAGUGGGUACUUGACACAUACCCAUGGAGCUCAGCAUCUCUGCCUCAGGAGGGCCCAGCAUUACUUCAGUUGCGACCAGAAGAUGUUGGGUAUGAGGGCUGCACAUCCACUAAGGAAGCCACAACCUCAAAGCACAUUCCACAAAUUGAAACAGAGGGGGAUCCCCUGAUUGGCAUCUAA